CUCAUUCCUCAACUCCUCCAGAAGCCUUUGGUUUCAGUCACUCCUUUACACCACUCACUCACCCACCAGUCACUCAUUCGUUAAUCAAACACACACCUAAUAUUCAAAAUGCGUUUCUUCGCUACCGCCACCUCCUUGGCCUCCGUGGCCACCGCCGCCAGCAUCUCCGCCGGCGCCUGCGCUUCCGCCACCGCCAACCUCCAGCUCGGAAACCAGAUCAUCGCCGAGGCCUCGACCGACAUCAGCGCCGCCGUCAGCCUCGCCGGCGGCUUCCACUGCCCCAAGGGCAUGGCCUACAGCCCCUGGGUCAAGGCCUGCGAGUGCCCUCCCGGCCUGAGCUACGACACUACCAGCAAGUCCUGCGGUGGCACCCCCCUCACCGGCGCGUGGCCAGCCCCCCAGUGCGAUACCUCCGGCGCCAAAGUUGCCCUCUCCGCCUUCUGCGCCGUCUCGCCCACCAAGUUCACCAAAUACGAUGCCACCCACGCGUGGUGCCAGGUCGCGCUCGACACCUUCACCUUCUGCGCCGAGGCCGAGAUCGAGGCCGAGAUCUCCGCCCUCGGGCUCGGCAUCGACCUGGACGUCGACCUUGACAUCUCCCUGACGUCCUCCAUCAGCACCGUCCUCCGCGGCACCUCUGCCGGCCUCGCCGCUCUGUACAUCGAGGAGCUCGCCCAGGCCGUCGUCAUCUUCAACACCAACGCUUUCGGCUUCGCCGUCGUCGCUGCUGACGUCGAGGUGUCGCUGACCACCAGCAUCUUCGCCCAGCUCUCGGCCACCGCCUGCCUGCUCGGCGUCGGAAAGUGCCAGUUCGACUGCGUUUCCUACAACACCAUGGGCUGCCACAACUACAUCGACGUCGUCGGUGCUCUCGGUGGCCGUCUUGCCGGCUUCGUCGGCGUUACUAUCCUUCCUGAUGUUAUCCUUAGCCUCAGCUCUACCAAGGUUUACACCAACCUUGUUGUUAAGGAUCUUCUGUGCGCCAGCCUUAAGCUCGAUACUCCUCUCAUCUCUCAGUACAAGUACACUUGCUAAAUUGGAGCUGUAUACAUGUAAUGGGAUGGGGGUAUAAGUGUCUUUCGUGUUGGGUUCGCGGUGGUAGAUGGGGUUGUGUUUGGAGAGCAGGGUAGAGUCUUUUUUUGUGCAUAAAAGAGCGAGGUGUUGGUUGAGUAAAAGGGAGAGGUGUUGGAUUCACGUCAAUACGUCGGUAAUGAGUGAAGCGUUCUCAUUUUAGAGUUUAGAGAUAAUUGGUAAUAUAAUAUAUAAAUAGGUAGA